AUGAAGACAAAAUUGAACACCCACAACAUGCAGUUGCUGCUGCUUGUUUUCUUGGUAUGGGACCCAGCCAGGUUGGUGCUGGCUAACAUCCAAGAAGAUGAGGCUAAAAAUAACAUUACCAUCUUUACGAGAAUUCUAGACAGACUUCUGGAUGGUUAUGAUAAUCGGCUUAGACCAGGACUGGGAGACAGUAUUACUGAAGUCUUCACUAACAUCUACGUGACCAGUUUUGGCCCUGUCUCAGAUACAGACAUGGCCGACCUGCUGGAAGGCAUGGCUGUGCCUGUUCAUUUCAAUGCGAUUGAGGAGGUGCACGCUCUGUGCCGGUCCAGUUGUCGGGAGCUGACAUAUAUAAGUGUAGCCCUCAAGUUGCUCACGGGGCUUACAGUUCAAGCUGAAUGUCCAAUGCACUUGGAGGAUUUUCCUAUGGAUGCUCAUUCAUGCCCUCUGAAAUUUGGCAGCUAUGCGUAUACGACCUCAGAGGUCACUUACAUUUGGACUUACAACGCGUCUGAUUCGGUAGAGGUUGCGCCCGACGGCUCCAGGUUAAAUCAAUACGACCUGCUGGGCCAAUCAGUUGGGAAGGAGACAAUUAAAUCCAGUACAGGUGAAUAUACCGUAAUGACAGCUCAUUUCCACUUGAAAAGAAAAAUCGGGUAUUUUGUGAUUCAGACGUACCUGCCUUGCAUCAUGACUGUCAUUCUCUCCCAAGUGUCGUUCUGGCUCAACAGAGAGUCUGUGCCUGCGAGGACUGUGUUUGGUGAGUGGAUUCGUGCUGUCGUACAGCACGUCGCGUUUCGAGUAACAACUGUUCUCACAAUGACAACUCUAAGCAUCAGUGCUCGGAAUUCUCUCCCUAAAGUGGCUUAUGCAACUGCCAUGGACUGGUUUAUUGCUGUUUGUUAUGCUUUUGUGUUCUCCGCCCUAAUCGAAUUUGCAACUGUUAAUUACUUCACCAAAAGAGGAUGGGCUUGGGAUGGGAAGAGUGUAGUAAAUGACAAGAAAAAAGAGAAAGCCUCUGUCACGAUACAGAACAAUGCUUACGCAGUGGCCGUUGCGAAUUAUGCCCCGAAUCUUUCAAAAGAUCCAGUUCUCUCGACCAUCUCCAAGAGUGCAACCACGCCAGAACCGAACAAGAAACCGGAAAACAAGCCAGCUGAAGCCAAGAAAACCUUCAACAGUGUUAGCAAAAUUGACAGAAUGUCUAGAAUAGUUUUCCCAGUUUUGUUUGGUAUGAGUUGUAUUGAAAUUGAUCAGCUAAAUUUUCUUGGUGCUGGAGACCGGAAAACGCAUCCAGUUUGGCUGCUGGGGAACAACGUUCAUAUUGGAUUAGAAAAUUGUGCCAAAAAACUCCCACUGACGAGAAUUCAUAGGUGUCCCGUCCCAGACUAA